AUGGCUUCCUCAUUUUUCAACAACAAAGCACGAGCUGCAGCCUUAGCAGCAUCUAGCAGCUCCAAAGCGAAGGCCAGCGACAACAAAGAAGAUUCAACCCGAUUGCAACCCUGGGUUGAGAAGUAUCGACCUAAGACUCUGGAUGAUGUCGCCGCGCAAGAUCACACCACUAAAGUCCUCCAGCGCACAUUGCAAGCUUCCAACCUCCCCCACAUGCUCUUCUACGGACCCCCAGGAACCGGUAAAACCUCUACAAUCCUUGCCCUCGCCAAAUCCCUCUUCGGCCCCGCCCUCUACCGUUCCCGCAUUCUCGAACUGAACGCCUCAGAUGAGCGCGGUAUCAACAUCGUCCGCGUCAAGGUCAAGAACUUUGCCCGUGCACAACUUUCUCAGCCCACCGGCCUCGACGCCGAGUAUCUCGCACAAUAUCCUUGCCCUCCAUUCAAGAUUAUCAUUUUGGAUGAGGCGGAUAGCAUGACACAAGAUGCGCAGGCAGCACUGCGUCGCACAAUGGAACAGUAUAGCCGUAUCACGCGAUUCUGUCUUGUGUGUAACUAUGUCACCCGGAUUAUUGAGCCACUAGCCAGUCGCUGCAGCAAGUUCCGAUUCAAAUCUUUGGACAAUUCCGCGGCUGGAGUACGGAUAGAACAUAUUGCGCAGGCCGAGGGCUUGAAUCUGGAGGACGGUGUCAUUGAUACGCUCAUCCGGUGCGGUGAGGGUGAUUUACGUCGUGCCAUUACCUACUUGCAGAGUGCGGCGAGGUUGGUUAGUGCUACCAAGGCAUUCCCUGCUAAGAUUGACGAUGAUGAGGAAAUGACGGACGCCGGGGCUCCGGAGUCGGGGCUUAUUACGAUCCGCAGUAUUGAGGAGAUUGCUGGUGUUGUUCCGGAAAGUAUACUGGAUGAAAUCGUGCAGGCUAUGCAACCGAAGAGCUCGGGAUCAUCUUACGAGGCAGUUUCCAAGGUCGUUACAGACCUUGUGGCUGACGGGUGGAGUGCGACUCAGGUCGUUAGCCAGUUGUACCGACGACUUGUCUUCAAUGAGGCCAUUCCGGAUACUCAGAAGAACAAAAUUGUUUUGGCCUUCUCGGAGAUGGAUAAGCGAUUGGUUGAUGGUGCUGACGAGCAGUUGUCUGUCCUCGACCUGACCCUGCGCAUUGCGGGAAUUCUCCAAGGCAAAUGA